AUGGCGACUUUUCCAGGCACAGCUUUUGCCUUUUGCAGCCUGUCCAGGCCCAGAAUGUGCUUAACUCGGCAUCGCCAGGACAAGCUCAUCCUCCUGGCGAAGCCUGUGCCUCAGGGCAGCCUUUCCAGGCCUAGCAUUUGCUGCUUUGCAUCCUCUCCAGGCCCUGGACUUCCUCCAGUCGGCCUCUCCAGGCCGAGCUCUUCCUCCCGGCGGCCUCUGCAGGCCCAGACUGUCAAGUCAGCCUGUCCAGAGCCAACUCCUGCCUCCUGGCAGGCUCUGCAGGCCCAAGUCAUCCUCAAGUCGGCCUCCCUAGGCCUAACUCCGGCCUCUCGGCGGCCUCUCCAGUUGCAAAAGUUCCUCGAGUCAGCCUCUCCAGGCCCAGCUCCUCCUGUCUCCCAGUGGCCUCUUUCGGCCCAGCCCAGCUCAUGCCUCCCGGCGGCCUUUCCAGGCCCCGCUUUUGACUUUCGGCGGCCUCUGCAGGCCCCGAACUUGACGUCCAGUCAGCCUCUCCAGGCUCGGCCUCCUGCCUCCCAAAGGCUUGCACAGGUCCAGCCUCUGCCUCACAGUGGACUCUCCACGAAUAGCUCGCUCUCGCCUCACUGCGGCCUCCCGAGUCCAAAGCUCCUGCCUCUCGGCCGCUUCGGCAGGCCCAGCUCCCGCCUGCCAGUGGCCUCUUCAGGCCCAUGGGGCUCAUUCCUCACAACGGCCUUUCCAGGCCCAGUUUUUCCCUUCCGGCGGCCUCUCCGGGCCCAGAAGCUCCUCAAGUCGGCCUCUCCAGACCCACUUGCAGCCUCCCGGCGUCCUCUCCGGGCCCAGCUCUUCCUCCCGGCUGCGUCUGCAGGCCCGACUCCUGCCUCCCAACAACCUCUUUGGACUCAGCGCCUGCCCAGCUCCUGGUGGCCUUGGUCGGCCCACAGCUUCCUCAAGCCAAGCUCCCCAGGCCCAGCUCAGGCCUCACGGUGGCCUCUCCAGGCUCAGCUCCUGCCCUCCAACGGCGUCUCCAGGCCCCAAACGGCCUCCGGUCGGUGGGCUCCUCCAGGCCCAGCUUGGGCCUCCCGGCGGCCUCUGCAGGCCCAAGUGGUCCUGAAGUCAGCCUCUCCAGGCCCAGCUCCGGCCUCCCAGCAAGCAAGCUCUUUUGGCUCAGCUCCUGCCCAGCUCCCGCCGGCCUUUGUAGACCCUGAACUUUCUCCAGCGAAGCUCCUCAGGCCUACCUCCUGCCUCCCGGUGGCCUGUACAGGCCCAGCUCUGGCUGGAGAACAGCCUCUGCAGGCCCCGCUCUUGCCUCCCAGGGGCGUCUCCAGGCCCAGUUCUUGCCUCACGGCGGCCUCCCGGGACCAAGUCCCUGCCUGCCUCCCGGCAGCCCGCGUGCAGUCCAGCUCCUCCAUCACGGUGGCCUGUUGAGGCCCAACUCAUGCCUCUGGCACCCUUUGCAGAGGCAUGAGCCCCUGCCUCACACUGGCCUCUCUCACGCUGAGAGAAGUCCUCCCUCACACUGGCCUGUUGAGGCCCAGCUCAUGCCUCUGUUGGCCUCUCCAGGCCCAGGCCCUGCCUGUUGGCGGCCUCUAGAGGCCCAGCCUCUACCUCAACAGUGGGCCCUCCAUGCCCACCUCUUGCCUCGCCGUGGCCUCCUCGGGCCAGGCUCCCGCCUUGGGGUGGCCCCCGCAGGCCCAGCUCCUGCCUCACGGCCCUCCGGAGGCCAAGCUCAUGCAUCAGGGUGGCCUCUCCUGGCCUGGCGUUUGCUCCUUUGCAUGGGCUCCAGGCCCUGCAUUUCCUCCAGUCGGCCUCUCCAGGCCCAGCUCUUCCUCCCGGCAGCCUCUGCAGGACCAGACUGUCGUCAAGUAGGCCUGUCCAGGGACAGCUCCUGCCUCCCGGCGGCCUUGUAGGCCCAGACUGUCAUCAAGUAGGCCUGUCCAAGGACAGCUCCUGCCUCCUGGCAGCCUCUGUAGGCCCAAGUCGUCCUCAAGUCGGCCUCCCCAGGCCCAGCUCCGGCCUCUCGGCGGCCUCUCCAAGUGCAAAAGUUCCUCGAGUCCGUCUCUCCAGGCCCAGCUCCUCCUGUCUCCCAGUGGCCUCUUUCGGCCCAGCCCAGCUCAUGCCUCCCGGCGGCCUUCCCAGGCCCCACUUUUGACUUUCCGCGGCCUCUGCAGGCCCCGAACUUGUCCUCCAGUCAGCCUCUCCAGGCCCGGCCUCCUGCCUGUUGGUAGCCACUAGAGGCCCAGCCUCUACCUCAACAGUGUGCCCUCCAGGCCCACUUCUUGCCUCGCCGUGGCCUCCUCGGGCCAGGCUCCCACCUCGGGGCGGCCUCUGCAGGCCCAGCUCCUGCCUCACAGAGGCCCUCUGGAGGCCAAGCUCAUGCGUCGAGGCGGCCUCUCCCGGCCUGGCGUUUGCUCCUUUGCAUGGGCUCCAGACCCUGCACUUCCUCCAGUCGGCCUCUCCAGGCCCAGCUCUUCUUCCCAGCAGCCUCUGCAGGACCAGACUGUCGUCAAGUAGGCCUGUCCAGGGACAGCUCCUGCCUCCUGGCAGCAUCUGUAGGCCCAGACUGUCAUCAAGUAGGCCUGUCCAGGGACAGCUCCUGCCUCUUGGUGGCCUCUGCAGGCCCAAAUCGUCCUCCCCAGGCCCAGCUCCGGCCUCUCGGCGGCCUCUCCAGGUGCAAAAGUUCCUCGAGUCAGUCUCUCCAGGCCCAGCUCCUCCUGUUUCCCAGUGGCCUCUUUCGGCCCAGCCCAGUUCAUGCCUCCCGGCGGCCUUCCCAGGCCCCGCUUUUGACUUUCCGUGGCCUCUGCAGAUUCCGAACUUGACCUCCAGUCGGCCUCUCCAGGCCCGGCCUCCUGCCUUCCGAAGGCCUGCACAGGCCCAGUCUCUGCCUCACAGCGGACUCUCCACGCCCAGCUAGCUCUUGCCUCACUGCAGCCUCCCGAGUCCAAAGCUCCUGCCUCUCGGCCACUUUGGCAGGCCCAGCUCCCACCUGCCAGUGGCCUCUUCAGGCCCAUGGGGCUCAUUCCUCACAACGGCCUUUCCAGGCCCAUUUUUUCCCUUCCGACUGCCUCUCUGGACCCAGAACCUCUGGGCCCACUUGAGGAGAUGCAGCCAGGAGGAACAGCUGGGCUUGCAGAAGCUGCCAUGUGGGAGGCAGAGGCUGGGCCUCCUGAAGUUGGCCUCUCCAGACCCACUUGCAGCCUCCCGGCAUCCUCUCCGGGCUCAGCUUUUCCUCCUGGCUGCGUCUCCAGGCCCGACUCCGGCCUCCAAACAACCUCUUUGGACUCAGCUCCCGCCCAGCUCCCGGCGGCCCUGGUUGGCCCACAACUUCCUGAAGCCAAGCUCCCCAGUCCCAGCUCAGGCCUCACAGUGGCCUCUCCAGGCUCAGCUCCUGCCCUCCGAUGGCGUCUCCAGGCCCUGAACAGCCUCCAGUCGGUGGGCUCUUCUAUGCCCAGCUUGGGCCUCCCGGCGGCCUCUGCUGGCCCAAAUCGUCCUGAAGUUGUCCUCUCCAGGCCCAGCUCCGGCCUCCCGGCGGCCUCUCCAGGCGCAACGCGUCGUCAACGAGGGCCCCUCCAGGGCCAGCUCCUGCCUCUCGUCGGCCUCUAGAGGCCCAGCCUCUGCCUCCCGCAUGGCGGCCUCUGUAGGCCCAGACUGCCCUUGAGUCAGGCUCUCCAGGGCCAGCUCCAGCCUCCCGGCAGACUCUGCAGGCCCAAGUCAUCCUCAAGUCGGCCUGGAAGUGGGCCUGGAAGAGCUGCACGUUGGCCUCCCCGGGCCCAGCUCCGUCCUCUCGGCGGCCUCUCCAGGUGCAAAACUUCCUCGAGUCAGCCUCUCCAGGUCCAGCUCCUCCUGCCUCCCAGUGGCCUCUUUCAGCCCAGCCCAGCUCGUGGCUGUAGGCAGCCUUCCCAGGCCCUGCUUUUGACUUUUGGCGGCCUCUUCAGGCCCAGAACUUGAUCUCCAGUCAGCUUUUGCAGGCCCGGCAUCCUGCCUCCCGAAGGCCUGCACGGGCCAGGCCUCGGCCUCACAGCGGACUCUCCACGCCCAGCUAGCUCUCGCCUCACUGUGGCCUCCCCAGUCCAAAGCUCCUGCCUCUCGGCCGCUUCAGCAGGCCCAGCUCCCGCCUGCCAGUGGCCUCUUUAGGCCCAGCUCAUUCCUCACAAUGGCCUUUCCAGGCCCCGUUUUUCCCUUCUGGCAGCCUCUUGGCCUCUAAUUUUUUUAUCUUUUGUGUAUAAAUCCCAAAAUAUGGAAUUUUGGAAUAUUUCCACCAUUAUAUAAAUAUUUUGGUAGGUAAUUUAUUUGGAGUGAGUUUCUGCACCAAGCCCGAAUUUUUUAUUUUAUUUUUCUUAUUAUUUGGUGUUAAACAGGUUUAAUGACAGUCAUGGCAUCUUUUUGGCACAAUAGAAAAUAUCGCCCAUGAUCAACGUGUUCUGUUCUGGGGAAGGGGGCAAAGGCAGGGUGAAUCACUUUCUUAAAAAGUACAACUCAAGUUGGGAGUGCAGAGGGAAUCGGGAGAAAACCCUCCUGCUGCCUGUGUCGAAGUGCAGGAGCCCCCACCCCCAUACUCACCUGAGUCCAGCCCCUCUGGAGAAAGAAGGGGUGCAUGAACUCCCCCUAUUCCACAGGCACCUCCCUGUGGCCCAAGGCCCUCUUCACGCUCCAUCUUGUAGCCCCAGCAGGAGCUAUUUUCCGAAAAGUGAAAAACUCUGACGGUCCCACACUUCAUGGUAUGUACAGGGGCUCAGAGGAGGGAAACUGCCCAGCUUUCCCCCGGCACAGCUGCAGGGGUAGGGGGUAUAUAUAAGAGGAGCAGGCCUUGGCCAGGCGUGGUGGCUCACACCUGUAAUCGCAGCACUUUGGGAGGUGGAGGCCGGUGGAUCACGAUUUCAGGAGAUCGAAAUCAGCCUGGCCAAGAUGGUGAAGCCCCGUCUGUUCUAAAAAUACAAAAAUUAGCUGGACGUGGUAGCGUGCACCUGUAAUCCCAGCUACCCGGAAGGCUGAGGCAGGAGAAUGGUGUGAACCCGGCAGUAAGAGGUUGCAGUGAGCCAAGAUCUCACCACUGCACUCCAGCCUGGGUGACAGAGCAAGACUCCGUCUCAAAAGGAAAAAAAGGCCUUAUUCCUUCCCAAACUGAAAGGAUUAAAUGGCUUUACCCUGGAGAAGAUAACCAUCCUGCCUUCCAUUGCUACCCCCACAUAGUGUCCAUGUUCUCAGGGGGUACUGUGAGUCCUGGGAUCUUCUUUGGGGUCGCCCACCUGCCUGUGGUAGUUAUGGAGGGACCCAGGUGUUGAGGCAGGGCUGGGGUGUCCCCUUCCAGCCAGGUUGUCGAGGCCCCAGCUCUGGGGCAGAGGCAGUGGCAGGGCAGCCAGGGUUGCGCCAGAGCCUGAGCAGGGUGAAGUGGGGUCAGGCAGGGCUGGGAGUCAGGGCAGGGGCAGCAGCAGUGGACCCACUAUGCACACAUCUUUUUCUCCAAGGUUUGUGUGCAGAGCAUCCUGCCCAUGCUGCCCCAGCAGCUUCAGUUGGCACCUGCCCCAGUCCAGCCCCUGGGACCCAUGCAGCGGCUCCCAGCGGCCCUGCACCCACCACCAGCAUCCGUUUCACCUGCAGUUGAAGAUCCGUGAGGUGCCCAGAAGAUCAUGCAGUCAUCAGUUCCACGGAGCAGCCCGCGAGGCUGAGGCUCCUCCCACUGGACCGCCCCCCAACUGGCACCACUGCUGCCCCUGCCCCUACUCUCAGCCUCACGUGACUCUUGGGCAGAGGCAGUGGUGGGGCAGCCAGGGCAGUGUCAGAGUCUGAGCCAGGUCCUGAACUUCCUCUAGUCGGCAUCUCCAGGCCCAGCUUUUCCUUCCAGCAGCCCCUGCAGGCACAAGUCGUCCUCAAGUCGCCCACCCCGGGCCCAGCUCUUGCCUCUUGGCGGCCGCUCCAGGUGCACAACUUCAUCAAGUCGGCCUCUCCAAGCUCAGCUUCUCCUGCCUCCCAAUGGCCUCUUUAGGCCUAGCCCAGCUCAUGCCUCUCGGCAGCCUUCCCAGGCCCAGCUUUUGACUUUUGUCUGCCUCAUCACGCCCAGAACUGGACUUCCUGUCGGCCUCUCCUGGCCCAGCCUCCUGCAUCCUGAAGGCCCAUACAGACCCUGCCUCCGCCUCACAGCUGACUCUCCACACUGAGCUCUUGCCUCACUGUGACCUUCCCAGUCCAAAUUCUUGCGUUUCAGCAAGUUUGACAGGACCAGCUCCUGCCUUCAAAUGGCCUCUUUAGGCUUACCUCAUUCCUCUCAACAGCCUCUCGAGGUCGAGUUUUUUCAUUUUUGCAGCUUCUGUAGGCCCAGAACUUUCUCAAGUCUGCCUCUCCAGGUCCAGUUGCUGUCUCCAGGCAUCCACUUCUUCCCCUUUUCUUCCUACAUUUUGUGUCUAAAGGUUCAGCUUUUGCCUCACAACAUCCUCUUUGGAUUAGCUCCUGUGCAGCUCCUCGCCUUUGUAGACUCAAAUCUUUCUCAAGUUGAGUCCUCCGGUUCCACUGCCUUCCUGGUGGCUCCCUGAACAGGCCCAGCUUUUGCCUGACAAUUGCUUCUCCAGGCUGCCUCAACAGACCCAGCUCUUGCCUCACGCUGGCCUCUCUAAGCCCAGCUGCUGCCUCUCACUGUCCUCACCUGGCUCAUCUCUUUCCUCACAUCUGCCUCCCAAGUCCCAGUUCCUGUCUCACAGUUGUCUCAGUUAUACCAGCUCCUUUCUCAUGAUGGCCUCUUCUGGCCCAUCUUCGGCCUCAUAGUGGCCAGUCGAACCCAUGAUGGCCUCUUCUGGCCCAUCUUUGGCCUCAUAGUGGCCACUGGAACCCAUCAUCUGCCUCAUCAUGGCCUCUUCUGGCUUUGCUUUUGCUUCGCAGUCACCUUUUCCAGAUCCCGCUUUUUAGUCUUUAAUGGUCAACAGCAUCAAGGAGCCUAAAGCUUCCCUGGACUCUUAUUUGUUGGUAACUUCACUGCACAGCAGAGUGCCUUAGCAAAACACCUGUCUCUUCUUUUAACCUUGACAGUGGAUUUCUGACAAAUUUAUAAUAAAUUCUGCCUGCGUGGUUUCA